GCAACAGGAUUAUAGACGAAGACCACAUAUGAUUCUCUCAGCAGCUGUGUAGGCAACAUGGCCCCGAGGACAGGGUCAGCUAUCGUCUACUUUACAAUUACUGUCAUCGUCAUUUGCGCCGCCUUUCUCCUAAUUGAGUUUCAAACGAAACCAGUAUCCAAACUCGCAAGCAUUCCACCGUUUUUAAAAUGCACCCAUUUUGGAAGUAGGUCAUCUGCAUUUCUUAAGAAUCAGCGGCUCGAGGACACCGGUACAGCGCAGGACAGCCUUUUAAAACAGUUGAAGGAGGAUUGGGUUUUCGAGCCCUCAAAAAAACCUUAUAAUCUUUCCAGGCCAAAUAGGCAAUCGUGGUCACAAAUCGGACAAGCGAAACUCGUGGACGGGAUACUCAAACAGCGCCGUAAUGGAUUCUUUGUCGAGUCAGGGGCUGCUGACGGAGAGGGGAAUUCUAAUUCUCUCUUUUUCGAGAUUUCAAGAGGCUGGGAGGGCCUGCUCGUAGAACCAAACCCGUGGUCCUUUAAAGAUCUGUUGAAGAAAAACAGGAAGGCGUAUGCUGUAAACUCGUGCCUAGCGACUAGCCGCUUUCCGGCAGUGGUCCCCUUCACCUUCGCAAACGAACUUGGAGGAAUCUCAGGGAAAAGUUACAAGCUGUUGGCAGCAGAGCAGCAUGACUUCCAGGGGAUGAGCUGCGUCCAUUGCUUCCCCAUUCUCUCCCUUCUUGCAGCCGUCGGCCGGAAUCACGUGGACUAUUUUUCUCUCGACGUGGAGGGAGCGGAAAUAGAAAUCCUCAGAUCGUUUCCAUGGAAACAGGUCACCGUAGACGUUUGGACGAUAGAGUACGCGGUGCACGGGGGAAGUCCUGAUACGCCAAGACGGGAAAAGGCGAUCAGGAAGAUAUUUGAAGAGACAGGGUUGUAUAAAGACGGGACAAUUCUAGGAGGGCAAGAUAUAGUGUUUGUUAGGAAAAAUAUAACAUGAACUCAUCCACUGUAUUAGGCUAUGCAGUCUCCUUUAGGCCACACUUUUUUUUAUUUUUAUGGAUGUGCACCCCGAAAUCGGUGCG